AUCAAACGCCUCCAAGUCCUUAAAAGCUUCGAAGAAACGAAAGCAAAAGGCAAGUAAAGACCACGUACAUCUUAUAUCAAAACGAAUAAGACUAGAACAGUCCUUAAAUUCUAUAGGAACAUCGCCAGCAUAUCGUUUGAAUAUUAAAAGACGUGAGUGGUUACACUUGACUGUUCAAGCAUACAAAUAUAUUCAAAUUGUCUGCUGUAUUGUUUGUGAAUACCUAACAGAUUGCCGUACAAAGACGUUUUGUAAAUUGUUUGCUAUCGUAUCUAGAGAAUUCUUUCACUUUGUGUAAGGUUGUUUUGUAUGAUUUGAAUUGGAGACUUAAACUCGGUUGGUAAAACUUUACCAACUUGUGAAUUCGAACAUGUGAAUUCGAGAGACAGAACAAGCGUGAAAUUCAAUUCGGAACUAACGUGGAUUUUCGUAGCAAGAUGCUGUGUGAGUCCAAGGGGAACCUCGAAUCAUCGUUCGAACUAACCUACCAGACUAAACGACAACUAACACUAAUCGGAUUUGCCUUGCGUCGUUUUGCUGCUGGUAUCGACUACAUCAUUAUCUUGCCAUCUAUUUACUUUUAUCUACAGUCGUUCAACGUUGGCUACUAUUUCUUGGGAUUAGUCAUCGCUGCCGACUCGCUGGUCGCUUUUUUCGUCUCGCCUUUGAUCGAGAAGUUGGGCGACAAAUUGCAACGCGUUCGAUUUCUUGGCUUCGUCGCGAACUUGUUUCAAAUCGCAGGCAGCAUGAUAUACGCAUUGCCCUUGUACUAUUACAUGCCUUUGGUAGGUCGGUUAGUGUCUGGAUUGGGGCAAGGUUUUAGCGGUGCAUUGUAUGGCGAAGUGAAACGGGUGACUUCUCCUGAGGAACGCAAUCGUGUGAUGAUUUUUAUGGAAGGAGUGCGCCUUUUCGGUGUCGUGAUUGGACCUGGCAUGAAUUUCUUUAUGAAAGACUUUGAUUUGACUUUCGGUCCGUGGAUUAUUGAUCGAAGAACUGCGCCCGGAUUCUUUAUGGCUAUAGUGUGGCUGCUUGUUCAAGUUGUACAUAUAUUUACAGUGUAUGAUUUAAGCCUACACCCUAAUGGAUACCGAGAAUUGCCCGACUCCGAGGAGGACCCACCCAACCAAAAGAAACCAAGUAUCAGUCAACCGUUUACCACAAACGGCGAACCUUCUACGACAACAGGCGAACCGAAACCGACUUCGGGCGAAGAUGAACCGAAAUCCGACGAGGGCGAACCGAAAUCCGACGAGGACGAACCGAAAUCCGAGGAUCCGCACACGGACAGCUCCGACAGCGAAGGCAAGCGCAGCGAAGAGAUUCGAGUUUUAGAAUCUGAUGGCGAGUUAUCCAAACCGGUAAGACCAGUCUCGCAAACCAGCAGCUAUACCAGAAAGCUCGAGAGAAUGCCCGCAAUGAAUUAUAGCAUAUGGGAACUUUUGUGCCGACGUGACGUCAUGUUGAUCCUAAUUUGUCAAUUUUUAAUGUUCUUUAAUCAAACCACUUUCGAGACAUUAAUGUUACUAAUCGGAGUGAAUCUACUUGGAUUCAGUAUUACCAUACUCAGUGCCAUCUUCAUCGUUGCUGGUGUUGAAAUGGUAACGGUUAUAAUACUGGUGUGGUCAGCGAAUAAGUCUUUGGAUGCAAAAUACCUACUUGUUACAAGCAUCUCAGCCGGACUCCUAGCAUCGUUUGCAAGACUAGCAGUCGGUUUUGCUGACAAUAAUUCAACGGGGAGCAUAGCGAUGACAUUGCUUAUGGGGUUCUUUACCAUAAUAGGGACCCCGAUCGCAAGUAUCGCUGGCAAAUCGUUGCUGCCAAAACUAACCCAUCCUGAAACACAUGGAUUUUAUCAGACUGCUUUUGCAACUUCGCAACAUUUGGGUUUGAUUGUUGGCCCGCUUGUUGCGAGUGUGUUGUACACGCAUCUUGUGCUGUUCAGUUCGUUGACUAUUGUUGUGUUCUUGGUUGUGUACAUGUCGCUCUUGCCCAGCGUCGAGAAAAUGCAAUUUUCUGCGCAUGGCUGUGGGACAAUUUGACGUUUGAAACAAUGUUACGUGUUUGUACGUGUAGAGUUAUUAGGCCGGUUUUAUAGGUCGAAUUUUGGUCGCGUCGAAUGCAAUUAAGACAAUAGAUAAUGAGAUGAUAAACCUCAUUAAGCUUCAUUAUCAAUUGCAUUCGACACGACCGAAAUUCGACGUAUAAAACAGGCCUUAGUGUUAUACGAUAAAUUUUAAAGUAGUAAUUUGUUGCUAUGUUUACAUUGUAUCGGAUCGGUUUUUGCUUUUUGUUACGGCCCAAGUGUAAACAGCUUUCGCCCUUCUAUGCCCUCGUCUUUCCUUGUAUAUAUUUACCAAAAACAAAAAUAUUGCAGACGUCAUUUGAAUGAGUGAGCAAGCUAUACCAGUAGAUGUUAGAAUAGCAAGUUUUUGUUUGCUAGACGCCAUUUUGAAUCACGAAUUGAAACCAGAAUUGGUAUGGUGUGUUUACAUUACAAUGACAGCGUUGCAAAAACUAUUCCGGCACCCUGACGCACCACUUUUGGAAGAGCGCAGCGCCGCUUCGAUGCAGAAAUUGAUUCGAUUACAUCAUUUCAUAUGUCAACACAAGACCUAUCCGGUAUGGUUUUUGCGUCGCUGCGCAAGCUAUCCGACACAAUGUAAUGCUUAUUUCAGACGUGGAACUUUUCGUGAGCCGACUAAUGAGCAAAACACAUUGUCUGAGUUCAUUCACGCGACGUUAGGCACAUAAAAAGGUCUACUUUUGAAACAGACUUAACCGAGGAGUGUAUUAUUCUGAAAAAAUCGUGCGAGAAUUUUUGAGAUUUCAAAAUACCUGCAAUGUAUUCAGGAAUUUGGGGAGUUUUGCAAAAUCUUCAGCAUUUUUAGUAAAGGACAUGCAUGAAACACUCGAGACUUUGAGAUGGAUUUUGGCAGCAUUUAAGGAAUUUAAAAAUUAUUAUUUUGGAAACGUGUUCGUGGAUUUCUGAAGUAAUACACCCCUCGGACCUCGCACUUUUAAGAUAUUUACGCCCGAAUUGAUUAAGUGUUGUAAUAGUGUUGUAAUUAAAAUAUAGAGGUUCCAAAUAUAGCCAAUACAAAUGUACGCGAAAUUAAUAAUUAAACCUCGACUAGUGUUCGAUUUUCAUGCAAUAAUUCUGACACUAAAGCCCUGG